UCUUUGUUUCAUCGUCUGUAUUUUAUUUUUUUAUCUACGUGCAUAGACGGUGUCCGCAAUUAUAUUACUGCAACAAAGAAAUAACUCAAAAGUACGUCAGUGCCAUCAAUCCAAGUGACGUGCGUGUGUGUUGCGAGGAGGGAGGGCGGGUGGGCAGCAGAAACACACAAGUCCAUGAUUGAACUACCGACUACAGUAUAUAAGGUUGUGGCCACUGGCUCAGAGAGAACCAGAGGAGCAAGACGCAGGAAAAACUGGAGCAUUUGCUGCUGUUUCAAUGGGCUUUAAUUGAACUCUGCAGGUGAAAAAGUCAGGAGCAGGAUCCUCAACUCUGAAAAAAACGUUUCAGCUUCCCAGUUAGGUUACAGUUUCAGCCUUUAGUGAAGAUGCUGUGGAAGGUGACCGUUGCCUUGGCCGUGAUGUGCGUCGGAGGCGCAUGCAACAGCGUGGGAGCCGAUGUGAUGAGCAGACUGAUCGUGCCCAGGGACUAUGGGGUGAAACUGUGCGGGAGAGAGUUUAUCAGAGCUGUCAUUUUCACCUGCGGGGGCUCUCGGUGGAAACGGUCCACAGAGGGGGAAGGAGAGCCGUUCCACUGGACUUCCCUCAGUGAUGUUGCACCCGAAGCCGAGCUGAGGACCUGGCAGUAUGACACAGAUCUCAGAGACGAUAACUCUCCUCUCCCCUUUGCUGCCUCCAACUCGCUAGCUGACCUCUUGACCCUCUUCACAGUCACAAACGAGAGACAACAAUCGUCUUCAGGCUCCCCAGGCCUGCCGAGGGAGUCCAUAGCUUUAGGUGACCAGGUGCAGAAUAAAGACGCAGCUGACCGGCUUGUAGUGACCAAGAAGAAGAGAAACUUUUCUCUGGGCGUGGCGGGGAUGUGCUGUAACCAAGGCUGCACCAAGAACGAUAUCGGACGGUUGUGCUGAGGCAGAAAGGAGAAAAGGCUGGUGUGAUAAUGAAGAUUAGGCACUGUACAAUAAUUUGUUUUGAGCAACAAGAAGGGAAACAUUUGGUUCAUAUUUGUUUAAUAGCAGCCAUUAACUGUUUGUCUUUGAACUUAUUUUAAUAAAAUUCAUGUUCUGUAUGUUGACUGUCGCCUUCCUUGGAACGUGAAUAAAUUUUAAGUACUGCAGGACGACUCAUUAACACAGUGUCAUUAUGCUUAAAUGACAGUGACUUUUUUUUUUUUGGAAGAUUGAAAUAUUUUUAUUUAUAUCUUUGAUAACAAAAAGGCAAAGAUCUGAAUUUUAUUUGCCAUCAAAAACAAACAUCCAGACUUUAGAAAAAAAAUACAAUCUCUUAACUUUAUGAUCAAAAUUGAUAAAUCUUUUGUGAAUUAAAUGAGUAAGCACGUUUUUUUUUUACACCAAACAUUUGUGAUCAUUUACAUUCACAGUAAAAGCUCAAUCCAACUGGCUGGAAAUGAAUGUGGAAAAGAGCCGAGCAGUAUAAAUGUUUCUUUGUAUAAAAAUCUUUGGUCAUGAAAUAAACUCACACUUUACAAAUUAACAUAUUUGACCAUAAACAACACAAAUUCAUCAUUAGUAAAAGUUGUACAACUGAAACAAAGAUGCCAUUUUUCACAGCUUUAAACAAAGUAAGCAUAACUGAACUUGCUCUUUUAAGUUCCAAUUUUUCAACAUGUUUUAUGAAUUUUUGCAGUUAUAAUAUUUUUAACAAAGUAAAGGCACUGAAUUAAAUAAGAACAAUAUGAAUAAGGAUCUGUCAUUUAUGGCAGAAAAAAUUGAUCAUUAAAAAAUAUUUCAAAAUGCAUAAUUUCUUUAAAGCCUUCAGUCAUCAAUAUCCAUCAUACUUAGUCUUAAAGGGGACCUAUUAUGUUUUCUUGAACAAGUUAGGAUACGUCUAUGGCUAUACAAACAUGCGGUAAAAACAGCUGAAAAAAACAUGCUGGAGCUCCGCAACGGUUGCUAGGUAACAGGGCAGCGCCUGAAUAAUUUGGAGGUUCAUAUGAACUUACUUCCAAAAAAUAGUCUUUUCUGGGUGUUUUUGUUUUAAAUCACUUGAACUGUUUUUACAAGCAACUGAGACCCAAAUUGAAAUACAAAAACAUGCAAAAAGUGAACUUUGCAUAAUAGGUCCCCUUAAAAUAUUCCCAAAAUAGUGACAUGAAUUUAAAAAAAAAACAAAGCAGCCCUUCUUACCACUCAUUUAUGGUUGGUAAUGUAAUGCAAAUAUUCAUAUCAAAAGACAGCAUCUCUAACUGACCAGAAAUCACAAAACUCUUUAAAUAAACUAAUAGCUUGCACAAAAUAUAAGCAUCCACUUAUUUUAAAGCUUUCCAUAGGCUGAUAAUGAAGCCUUAUAUCAUUCAGAAUGUGUGAUGCAUUAAAAAAGAAUAUGUAAAUUAAAAUAAAAACCUUUCAGAGGCAUUACAGUGUAACUUGAUGAUCGCUCACACAAUGCAGGCUCCACAAAGCGUUUAAUUGUUGAGCAUUCAUGGUUGUUAAACACAAUUUUUAAUAAAAAGAUGCAAACAUUUCAAUAUCUUUGAUAUUAAAAUCUUUUUUCACCUUGCAAAGUGUAUGACUUAGGGUGCCAUGUAAAAUUAUCCCUACCCCUAAAGUCUUUUCAAAUUUUGUCACUUCACAACUUCCAUGUAUUUAGUUGAAAACUCUACCUUCCUCAACAAUCAAUGGAAAAAUCUUGCUUGGCAUAACAGCAGUCCAGCUCUUCCUGUAAUUACUGGGCACAUUUUUCAUCUUUCCACUGGUCUUUAAUGUUUUAGGUUUUGUGAUGAACUCCAAGUCUUUGAGGUUGGAAGGCCUAUCUGCAGUUUCCCUAAUCUCUAGCUGCCUCCCCAGAUUCACUGUAGGCGUUUUUCCACUGGCAAGUCGCGCACUAACCGGUUAAUGUUCAGUUCGGUUCAGUUCGGUAAUUCCCUUUAGAACUCCCUUCAUUACUAAUCCAGUUUGUCUGUGUAUAAUUUAAACUGUAUUAAUGCAGUUGUUGGUGAAGCCUUCACACGUUUGUUAAACUUCUCAGGGUGUAAAUACUUUUGCAAGUCGCUUUAUCUAUGCACAUUUGAUUCCACAGUAACUGAGAAGGUCCAAACAAAUCUCUGGGUCUCAUUAGAGCCUUUUCCACCAAACUGUUCCCAGCGCUUCACCAAGACAAAAUCUAAGCCGGGCUCGGAAUCCCGUGCUAAUCCAGGUCGCAAUCGGACCAAAGGAAAGAACUCUUUUUAAUAAAUGCCACGUUUAAAACGUUUAAAACCAGAAUUUAGUUUUGGGCUUUAUUAAAACUGUAAAAACUGUGCUUCAACAAUAGUAAUUUGUCAGAUUAGCAUAAGAAUAACAGAAGAUGACCGUCUCUUUUCACAGCUUAUUCUGAAAUGAUCUAUCUCAGAGUUUAAGUAAGCCGGUUUACGGCUGUGGUCAGAGCUGAUUAUUCUCCUUUCUGACUCAGUUCUUCAACACAGGUGUGUUAAUAAAUCUUUCUCUAAAAGCUGUGUUAGAUCAGGCAUCCAAAAGCUCAAUUUUUUAGAAGUGUUAAUAAACCACGUUGGUUAUAUUGGGGCAUCUGCUUGCAGUAAUACUUGGAUAAAUCCUAUUUCUUUGGUUGAAUUGCCUCCAUUCUCAGAAGAUGGGGGGGGACCAAACAAUAAUUAGAUGAGAUGUUUAUAAUGAUGUAAUGACAGUGGUGGAAAAGCAAGGCAGAACCACUUAAAGACUGACCCUAGCACCAACUCCGGUGAAGAACUGGAACCUCUUGGUUUCCUUGUGAUUUCAUGUGCAGCCACAUGGCUGAAAGUCUGUUCGGAAUGCAGUUUGGAUUGUAAACACCAAAAAAA